GCGAAAGAGAAAUUAAACCAAACCCAAACCCGAAAAAAAUCAGUUCCCCCUCAGAGCCACCCCACCAAACAGCGAACAAAGAAAGAAUCACAAAUCACAAGAGCUAAGGGGGAAAAAAUAAAAAACAACAAAACAAAAAGGGAAGAAAUAUUCAAAAUCAAAACGCUGUCAUUUGCUUAGCACCACUAUUUCAGCUAGGUGUGAAGUUGAAUGUGAUGUUUGAUUACGAAGUAUUCUGAGUUUUGUCAUUUCUUCCCUUCUGUGGAUGCUGCCCAUGGAAUUAAUUGGGUCGUAUCGUUCACCUUCGAUCUGUUUGGCGGAAUUUUCAUUGUAGUAGUAGAACGUUGUGAAAUUUCUUAGUUCGCCGUAAUAUAAAUGGGGGACUCAAACUCAGUAGAUGUAAUACUGGAAUUUCUACGGAAAAACAAAUUUACAAGGGCCGAGGCCGCUUUGCGGAACGAGCUGAAUAAUCGUCCUGAUCUGAAUGGUGUUCUUCAGAAGCUUACCAUUGAGGACAAAGAGUUGAGCCAAUCAUCAGAAGGAGCAAAUAGAGGGAAAGCAACCACGGAGACUCCGGGGACAACUUUUCCGAGUAGUGAAGAUGUUUACAAGGAGACGAGUUCUAGGAGCAGCGGUGAAAUAUCCAAGGAGCUUAUUGUUAAGGAGAUAGAGUGUGGCACUGGGAGAAAUGGCUCGGACUGCAACUGGAAAAAUGUCCAAGAGCAGAAGAAAGUUAAUGAAUCUGUUGGGACAAGUGACAAAAAUUUCAGUUUUGCCAACAGUUCGGAAGAUACUAUCGAUUUGUAUUCGUGGAAAUACACUCCUGUUAACGGUCCGGUUACUUCUUAUCAGAAUGAUGGUGGAACUACUGGUACCAUUGACCUCUCCGGUUUGGUGCGUUCUGGGAAGUCAAAGUUAAAUUCUUCCGAGGUCUUUGAUAGUAGUAAGACUCAUGCAAAAUAUGAGGAGGAUGUCAGCUUUAGUGAAAAGAGAACUUCUUGGCCUGGAAGUACUAGCAAAGACACUGUGGAACCUAAGCAUGACAAUAGUCGAACUAUUGAGCUCAAGGAGGUUGAUCACCAAAUUAAGCUAAGUGGGGCAUGCUCCAAAGAUGCAAUAAUUAAUAACCCUUGGUCGAAAAGUGAUGAAUUUAUGCACCCUUCAUCUGAGCCUUGGAAAGACUGCACAGUUAAAACUGUUUUCCCAUUUCCAAAAGGAGAUGUCUCGACAAGUUAUGAUCAUGACAUCAGUAGUACUGAUAAGAAAGAAGGAAAGCGGAAAACAGAGGUUAGUGAUGUUAGGGCAGCAAUAAAAGAACAAGUGGAUGAGGUGGGAAGAGCUUUGUUUCUUGGGAAGACACAAGGAAUUGAACCAAAAGAUUUCAGCGGCUUAGGCUUUUCAUUUGUUUCUGAAAGCCAGAAAGAAGGAUUCCCUAGGUUGCCACCUGUUAGAUUGAAAUCAGAAGAGAAGUCCUUCAGUAUUCCUUGGGAGGAAAAGUUUGAACGAGGUGGACCUGCCUCAAGGAUUAGUAACGCUGAUGAUACAUAUUUCAUAGGUUCAUUUCUUGAUGUUCCUAUUGGACAAGAUCUUACUGGUUCAGGUGGAAAAAGGCCGGCAGGAGGUAGUUGGCUGUCUGUAAGUCAAGGCAUUGCUGAGGACACUUCUGAUCUGGUUUCUGGUUUUGCAACAAUUGGUGAUGGACUGAGUGAAUCUAUUGAUUACCCCAAUGAAUAUUGGGACUCCGAUGAGUAUGAUGACGAUGAGGAUGUUGGCUACACAAGACAACCUAUUGAAGAUGAGGCUUGGUUUUUAGCGCAUGAAAUUGAUUACCCCAGUGAUAAUGAGAAGGGAACAGGGCAUGGGAGUGUUCCAGAUCCUCAAAGAGGGCAAAACCGAGAAGAGGAUGAUGAACAAUCUUUUGCAGAAGAGGAUUCCUGCUUCUCAGGUGAGCGAUAUUUCCAAUCAAAAGAUGUUGAUCCAGUUAGGCCCGCAGAUGAUCACAUAGGGCUAUCAGUACCUGAAAUGUACAGGAGAACUAAUGCGAAUGAUUUGAUUGCCCAAUAUGAUGGACAGUUGAUGGAUGAAGAAGAACUAAGUUUGAUGCGAGCAGAGCCAGUUUGGCGGGGCUUUGUUACUCAAACAAAUGAACUUGUCAUGUUGGGGGAUGGUAAAGUCCUGAAUGAGUGUGGAAGGCCUCGGCCGGAUGAUAUUUGCAUGGACGAUGAUCAACAUGGUUCAGUUCGGUCUAUUGGUGUGGGGAUUAACAGUGAUACUGCUGAUAUUGGAAGCGAAGUGCGUGAAAGCUUGGUUGGAGGGAGUAGUGAGGGGGAUGUUGAUUACUUCCACGAUCAUGAUACCAGUAUUGGUGGGUCCAGACACCUACCACCCAUUUCAGAUAAGCCUUAUUCAGAGAGAUCAAAGAGAGAAAAGAAAGCAGCUAAACAUAGUUCUGACAAGUUUGUUACUGGGGUUGACAAAGGAAGUUUGGUGCAGAAAAUGAAUCACUUAGAUGGAGGAUUCUCAUUUCCCCCUCCUAGAGAUGGGCAGUUAGUUCAAACAAGCUCGAGUAAAUCUUUAUGGUCAAACAAGUGCAACACUGUUGUCAGUGAUGAAGCUGAUGAUUCUCUGGUGGCAAAUGAUGACAUGCUUGCUCCAUGGAGGCGCAAAAGCAGUGAGUCUUCACCUGUCAAGAGCUCAAGAGAUGAAAGCAAUGCAAAUGCUGCAGGAUCAGAAAAUUCUAGUCCUUCAUCUUUUUCAAAUUAUGGCUAUGCUGACCGAGAGGAUGUGAAGAAAGAAGAGGAGACAAAAAUAGCCAGUGCAAGAGAAGAAGAUGUAGGGGCGUCACUGGAGGAUGAGGAAGCUACUGCAGUGCAGGAGCAAGUGAGGCAGAUCAAGGCACAGGAGGAGGAAUUUGAAACCUUUGAUCUUAAGAUUGUGCAUAGAAAAAACAGAACUGGCUUUGAGGAGGACAAGAAUUUCCAUGUCGUUUUAAAUUCAGUUUUAGCGGGGCGAUAUCAAGUUACUGAGUAUCUUGGAUCUGCUGCAUUUAGCAAAGCUAUCCAAGCACACGAUCUUCACACUGGCAUGGAUGUUUGUGUAAAGAUCAUAAAGAACAACAAAGAUUUCUUUGACCAGAGCCUUGAUGAAAUAAAGCUUCUCAAGUAUGUCAACAAGCAUGAUCCUGCUGACAAGUACCAUCUACUUCGGUUGUAUGAUUACUUUUAUUAUCGAGAGCAUUUGUUAAUUGUAUGUGAACUCCUGAAGGCAAAUCUUUAUGAAUUCCAUAAAUUUAAUAGAGAAUCUGGAGGAGAAGUCUAUUUUACGAUGCCAAGACUGCAGUCAAUCACCAUUCAAUGUUUGGAGGCUCUUCAGUUUUUGCAUGGCCUUGGGCUUAUACACUGUGAUUUGAAGCCCGAGAACAUAUUGGUGAAAAGCUACAGUAGAUGUGAAGUGAAGGUGAUUGAUCUGGGAAGCAGUUGUUUUGAAACAGAUCAUCUUUGUUCCUAUGUCCAAUCCAGAUCCUACCGUGCACCUGAAGUUAUUUUGGGACUUCCAUAUGAUAAAAAGAUCGAUAUUUGGUCACUUGGCUGCAUCCUAGCGGAACUUUGCACCGGCAAUGUACUUUUUCAAAAUGACUCUCCUGCCACUUUACUCGCUAGGGUGAUUGGUAUUAUAAGCCCCAUUGACCAAGAUAUGCUUGUCAAAGGACGAGAUACUUAUAAGUAUUUCACCAAAAAUCACAUGCUGUAUGAACGAAAUCAGGAAACAAACAGAUUGGAAUACUUGAUACCGAAAAAGACAUCCUUGAGGCAUCGGUUACCAAUGGGGGAUCAGGGAUUCAUUGACUUCGUGGCUCAUCUUCUUGAAGUAAACCCAAAGAAGCGCCCAUCUGCCUCAGAGGCUUUAAAGCAUCCGUGGUUAUCGUAUCCAUACGAGCCAAUUUCAUCUUGAAUUGUGUGAUAUUUCUGUGGCAACUUAACCUGCACAAGUUCUGCAAUUGCUCCAAUUUGGCUGCUCCAGUGAUGAAAAAGGAGGUAUAUCUCAAGGUGGUCCGCAUUUGCUUCCAUUUCACUGAGCUCUGUAUUUCUAUUUUAACCCAACUGCGUACGUAGUCUUACAAAUGUUAUGUAACAUUAGGGUUUUCUGUCUUGUUUGAUGGAAGGGGAUGCAUGCAGUUUGUACAUGAUGUGUGUUGAUUCUUUUAGGUGUUUAGUGAUAGCUUGUGAAAUAGCUCUAUCCAAUUUUGGUUGCUUUCCCUCAUUUGCUGCAAUGUAUCAAAAUGAAGGAAAGAUGAAACAUAUUUUCAAUGACUCACAUUUU